AUGCCGUCCUCGCGAGCUGUUGAAGGUCGCCAUGCAAUCCAACCAAGCAAGAACAAAGAAACCAAUUUGACACUAUUUUACAGGUUUGAUCUUUCAUUCAGGAAUCGGAUUCCCAUUGAGCUGCAGAUCUGUUUUAGCUUCUGGGAGUUCUGGUUUUGUAUAUAUGGGAGCAGUGGUUGUCUAGGAUGCUGUAAGAGGCCAAUUUUCAAUCCCUUGGCGAAUGAGUCAUCAAAAGGAUUAAAAUCUCAAGGACAGACAGUGACUAAACCCAGUAUAUCGGAAGGUUUCUGGACCACUAGCACUUGUGAUAUGGAUAACAGUGCCGUGCAGUCACAGGGAAGCAUCUCCUCAAUCAGUGCAAACACCCGGAUGCUUGAUUCAAAUGGUGGUGCUGCAAGUUCUAAUGGCCCAUCUGAAUUUGUAAAUCAUGGCCUUCUUCUCUGGAAUCAGACUAGACAGCACUGGGUAGGAAACACGAAGUCUGAAAAUCAGCCUCAACAGGUUCGAGAGCCAAAACUAAAUUGGAAUGCGACUUAUGAAAGUUUACUUGGAAGCACGAAGCCAUUCCCUCAGCCUCUUCCUCUUUCCGAAAUGAUAGAUUUUCUUGUGGACGCCUGGGAGCAGGAAGGGUUGUAUGAUUGAACAACAGUAUAACUGGCUUUUGGAAGAUGGUUACAUAUUAAUAUCCUUCUUGUAACAUUUUAAUAUGUCCGAUAGGGAAAACGCAUUAAGCCCCAUUUGUAUGUCAACUGUACCAAUUUCAGGGUCUUUCUUGCCUGCGGUU